AUUCCUUAGUUCUCUAAAGAGCAAAGAGAAUCACAUCUCUGUUCUCCCACAAAAUUGGGACUUUUGAUUCUUCUUCUCUUUUGUGGUUACCAAACCCUUGAAUCUUGAUCAUUUGCUUCUCAAAACCUCGGAUCAUCCCUCAAAUCCAUCUCCAGAGCUCCAAUUCCAUGGCGUCCAGGCGUCGAAUGCUUCUCAAAGUCAUCAUCCUCGGUGAUAGCGGGGUUGGGAAGACUUCUCUUAUGAAUCAAUAUGUGAACAGGAAAUUUAGUAAUCAGUAUAAGGCAACGAUUGGAGCUGAUUUCUUGACCAAAGAGGUCCAAUUUGAGGACCGGCUAUUUACUUUGCAGAUUUGGGAUACAGCAGGACAGGAAAGGUUCCAGAGUCUUGGCGUGGCUUUCUAUCGUGGGGCAGAUUGCUGUGUACUUGUGUAUGAUGUUAAUGUCCAGAAGUCAUUUGAUAACUUGAACAACUGGCGAGAAGAAUUUCUGAUCCAGGCAAGCCCCCCUGAUCCUGAGAACUUCCCAUUCGUAGUGCUGGGAAACAAGAUAGAUGUGGAUGGCGGAAACAGCAGGGUGGUCUCUGAGAAGAAAGCCAAGGCAUGGUGUGCUUCAAAAGGGAACAUUCCAUACUUUGAGACAUCUGCGAAAGAAGGUUUUAAUGUGGAAGCUGCUUUUGAAUGUAUAGCAAAGAAUGCCUUCAAGAAUGAACCAGAGGAUGAAAUAUACCUUCCGGAUACUAUCGAUGUCACUGGUGGUGGACGACAACAAAGAUCUUCAGGUUGCGAAUGCUAGGUAGACUGGUCAUCACAGUGCACUUUGCUCACUUUGUACAACAAUAGCUUGAGGAGAAGUGAUUGGUUUAUUUGUUUUUUGUUUUCUGUUUUCAUGUCUAAAGAGGAUCAAAGCAAAUCCAGUUUGUUUCCAAAGUUUAUAGGAUUUUGGCUGUAUCAUUGUCUUGAGUGAUUGAUUUCUUCAGGUGUAAACUUGUGAGGUUCCUUUUGCUGUAAACAUAGGGCUACAAUAUAUAUAUAUAUAUAUAUUUGUCUAGUUUAAUUAACAUCACAGUGAAGAUAUGUGUGCUAUGUUAGUAUAUUCUUGUGAACCCGGCAGCUCAGCAAAAAUUUAUUUGCUUUGA